GUAGAUUUUAGAAUACUCCGAAGGAAGCGAGCGGAGAACGUUGGGAUGGGUUGGGGAGUACGCAGUUGUACAUGGCAUUUUUAUUCAUUAAAAAUGAAAUUUCGGGCAUAGCCAAUUAAGUGUGCAUUCGCUUUUAAUAACAGCGGUCAGAGGGUGUUCACUCUCUGAAAUCUUUUCUGGUUGCUCUGAAGACGAUAGUUCUUGCGUCCGCUUUUACCUGCAAUGUAGCUAAAUAAAUAAAAACCUGCCAGUUUUAUUAAAUAUUAGUUAAAACUUACUUCCCACGGAAAGAAAUGAAAAUGAGGCUUGGAACGCAACCAGAUGGCUUAACAUCACAUGACUCGUAGGUGUAGUUAUUAGUUGGAGCUGAGCAAGUGACAGGAGUGGGCACGUUUGUUUUUGGUUCUGGUCUUUUAAAGGGGGUGGGGGAGACUGGUCGUAACGAGAUGGAGGAGCAAAAGAUAGCUGUGGUGGUGACUGGAUUUGGCCCUUUUGGAGAACACACUGUGAAUGCAAGUUGGGUUGCAGUUCAGGAAUUGGGAAAGUUGGGCUUGGGAAAAGAAGUAGAUUUACAUAUUUAUGAAAUUCCAGUUGAAUACCAAACUGUUCAAAGACUGAUCCCUGCACUGCGGAAAAAACACAAACCAAAGGUGAUUGUUCAUGUAGGAGUGUCUGGCAUGGCUACAGCUGUAACGCUAGAGAAAUGUGGUCACAACACAGGCUACCAGGGCCUUGAUAAUUGUGAAUUCUGCCCUGGCACGCAGUGCUGUGUGGAAGGAGGGCCAGAAUGCUUACACUCUGUUAUUGAUAUAGAUACAGUCUGCAAGAGAGCUGCUGAAGCUUGUCUGGAUGUUCAGUUUACUGUGUCUACUGAUGCUGGCAGGUACCUCUGUGAUUUUACUUACUACACCUCCUUAUACCAGAGCCAUGGCAGAUCAGUAUUCAUCCAUGUACCCCCUCUAGGGAAACCUUACACGGCAAUACAGCUGGGCCAGGCUAUUCAAACCAUCAUCAAGGUGAUACUUGACAUGCUAGAGCAAUCUGAAGACCAUCUUAACUGUGGCCACAGUUAGAACUGACCAACAGGAUGAUAACCUUGCUAAAAUACAACUGACUGACUAUACUGCAGAUUUUCAAGUGCACUCUAUCCAAAGGAAAACCUUUGUUCUCCUAACAGGAAAAAUAAUCAUAGCCACUAAUUUCCACAAACCAUGUCAAAUGUAAAAUAAUUAGUUGAUUUGUAUUUGCCAUUUGAGUUUAUUUCUUUUGUUUUUUUGUCAGACAGAAAUUUAGGUGCUAUUCCUCUUGACGCAACAAGUAGUUAAUGGCUGUAUUUUCAACUAGUGCAUAUUUGUGGUGUAACAAAGGUUUGAAAGCUACUGGCUUAGUUUGUAUGGUUCUACAUAGGGAUGUACUAAGAUUAAUUUAUUUUGCUAAAAUAUACAUUUCCCACUUAAAUUUUUACCUAGUCAAUAGAUAGCUAGCUUUGAAUUAAAUAUUUAGGCAUUAUAUGGGGUUUUACUUUUUUUGCUAAGUUAUUUGCUCAGUGAUAACAUGCCAGGUUUAACCAAAUGUCAACCACUUAUUUGGCCAAAAAUGACAACCUUGACCGAGAUCAGAAGGAGGGUUUAUUU